CGCGUCCGUCGUCCUCGUCGCGCUUGGCAGUGAGCUCUGCCCCAGACAUAUACACAUCCAUUCCGAUAUCCCGUCCCAAGCCUCCAUCCCCGUCCCAAGCACUCCGCCCCCUUCCGUCGUGUCCACUACCCCCGAGGCCCUGAGGUUCCCAUCUGUGCAUACCUGACCACACCGUUGUUUCUCGAAUAAUGCCAGAAGCCGACAUCACCCGCAAGCGCUCCCGAUCGCCCUCGGACAGCGACCAGCCCAAACACAAGCGUGCCAACACUGGCGUUUCGAAUGACUCCCAUCGCUCGAGCCACUCUUCUGCCGUGGCCGGUGACGUGAAGAUGGAAUCUCGCGCAGACGAUACUGCGGCCUCCACUCCCGAUGCUAAAGGUCCAUCCGACGCUGCAGCCUCCGGCGAUGGGGCGGAGUCCCGUGGUGAUUCUGCGACGGCUUCUACUGCUCCUGGGGGAACUGGCUCUGGCUCGACCCCUGCGGCCAACAUUCACAUGCGCUGUCUCAUCGUCACCCAGGAUGCAUCCAUCAUCAUCGGUAAGGGCGGCUCGCACGUCAACGAGAUUCGGGAGAAGAGCGGAGCGCGCGUCAUGGUGUCAGAGAGCAUUCCUGGCAACCCCGAGCGCAUCCUGAACGUCAGCGGUCCCCUGGACGCGGUGUCGAAGGCCUUCGGACUCAUUGUGCGGAGGAUCAAUGACGAACCCUUCGACAAGCCUUCUGUCCCUGGUAGCCGUGCGGUGACGAUCAAGUUCAUGAUCCCUAACUCUCGUAUGGGCUCCGUGAUCGGCAAGGGCGGUACCAAGAUCAAGGAGAUCCAGGAUGCAAGCGGCGCGAGGCUCAAUGCUAGCGAAGGCAUGCUUCCGGGCUCUACGGAGCGUCUGCUGAGCGUGUCUGGUGUUGCGGACGCGAUCCACAUCGCGACGUACUACAUCGGGAACAUCCUGAUCGAGGCGAAUGAGCGCAUGCCCUCCUCGAACCACUCGACCUAUCGCCCGACCAGCCAGUCGCGCCGCCCACCAUAUAUGGGCUCCUCCUACGUCCCGGGGUAUGCGCCAGCCGCAGCUGCAGCCGCAACGGCCCAUAACCCGUAUGCCGGCGGCCCCCCGUCCCAGCUGCAGACGCAGCAGAUCUACAUCCCCAACGACCUGGUCGGGUGUAUAAUCGGAAAAGGCGGUGCCAAAAUCAACGAGAUUAGGCACAUGAGCGCAAGCCAGAUCAAGAUCAUGGAGCCUGGCGCCGUUGGGGUUGGCAUGAACGGCGCGCCAGCCCCCGCGGGAAGCGAAGGCGAGCGGUUGGUCGUUAUAACGGGUCAGCCCGCAAACAUCCAAAUGGCCGUGCAGCUGCUGUAUUCUCGGCUCGAGCAAGAGAAGCAGAAGCAGCUCAGGCAGCAGACGACGCACGCGUAAGAGUGUGCUGCAGCAGUGUAUGUAUGCAAGUUUGUUUAGUAUGUCCUCCAUCCUCUUCUUCUAUGGUGGUCUAUGCGCGCCAUCAUAAUCUAUUCCUCUCGUCGAUCAACUCGUCUCGUCUUCGUUUCCACUAUUGUCAAUCCACUUGAGGCUCGUAUCCCCACGUUCCCCACCCCUUCAUCCCAGCAUCACUGCCAUCCCCUGUCUCACUUGCCUCACGUCUUGUCGUCUAACGUCGUCCUCCGCCUCCUGUAGUAUGCUCUCUGCUGCUAUCCUAUUUAAUCGGAAUCCGCAAUUUGCCCACCCUGUCGCACCCGCAUCUCGUUUGUCGCAGGCCUGAAUGUCUGCUGCUUUCGUGUCGUCGUAUCCCGCGUCGUUUUGACAUCAAGGGCCCAUGUUGUCGUCGGUCAUUCAUAGAGAAUAUGAUGCCUACCCCCAAGAGCUGAGUCGCUGCUACUAUAUGGCUUAUGUCCGCGGUAUGGUUACGCGUUGCAUCAAAGGUCGUGGGCUAGAUGCGCGACGUUCGAAGUGAAUUCUGGAUUACCUGGAUGCUGGUUUUGUGACGCGCUUCCGCGCCAGAUGUUGUCGGAGCACGCAAGCAAUCACGCACACAGUUCC